CGUAGGAUGGGUGGAAGACGCUUUUGGCAUUUCCAGACUUGGCUGUGUUUCACCAAGAAAAAUCCAGAGGAACCUAAUGAAAGGUCCAGGUUAAUACCCAAGGUGACAGUUUCUGUAAUUAACUUCUCUCCCCAGAAAGGGCAAAGCAUGGAGUGUAUUCAUUUCAAUAUUGCCAGAUGCACCGGGAUUACCUAUAUCACUUCUUUGUGUUGAUGGGCAUAGCAUGAAAAGUGCGGCCCUUGAGUGUGCAACAUUCAAAUGCUGCAGGAGGGAAAUCAAUUAACUAAUCAGGAUAGUUCUACUGGGAUCCCUUGACAAAGUGAUCUCUGUCCUGCAGCAUAUGAAUUCUGCAAAAUGCAGAUCAUUGAUAUUCAGGGACUGCCGGUCAGUAUAAAGAGAAGAUAUCUAUCCAGGACAACAUGGCGGCUCUGACUGCUGUAACUAGGUGACUAUAAUAUUGUGCAUUUUAUUUAUUUUCUACAAGAGGGUCCAGGUAUUUAAAUUGUGACCACAGCCCUAGUUUAAAAUUCUAAAUAACUGAAUGACUUGAUACAGUUGCAUAUUGUCCCUUUAAUUUGAGAUAUUAUUAUAGCGUGGAGGGUAGCACUGAUUCUGCGCCGCCCUUCAAUAAGCGAUACUGUUACUUUAAUAUUAACGGAUUUUCCUUAUCAUAUUUCAGCACGUUGAAAGGCGAUCCCAUGCAAAGUGUCACGUUGAUCAUAUCUGAUCGUUAUUUAAAUUGUGUUGCUUUUAAAAAUUAAAUUAUAUUUUCUUCCUACGGACUGCUACAUUUUUAGAUCUGUUUUGCAUCAGACAUUUCCAAUUCCUCCUCUGUUAACGCCUAAGGGGGUGCUUUCAUGAUGUGUCUGGUUUUAAAUGUAACAUUUAUAUUUUCUAGGGUGUAAAUGAAUGGAGCGUUUGUGUGAUAGAUUUGCGGCUUAAUUUUAAAAUAAUGCCAUGCUUUCUGCUUUAGCAAAUUAAUGGCAAUGGUCUGGCAUGACUGCUUUAAUAACAGUUUUCAGACACACAACAGUUAUGUCCCCCAAGCUAAAUGCUAGACUUGUAUACCAUCUGUUUUUAGCUGCGUACGACUCAAACUCCUGUUCGCUUAUAUCCAAAUGAAUGGAUCCGUCAGGGAUUUACUUGUGGAAUCCUAUAAGACUCCACAGGUAAAUGCUGGACUGAUCAAUUUGUUUGGGAGUAGAUUAACAGAAAUUGUAUUCGUUCGGUGCACCUGAAAUAUAUUUGUGCACAAGUCUACAAAAUGCAGUGUCGAGAGCCCCCUUCUUUAUGGGAUUAUGUAAAACGAGGAAUUCUGGGGGACAUUUUACAUAUCAAUUAUCUACCCAAUGACAGCUAAACCACCCCCUGCCCUUAAGAUCCAUAACUACCUUUGGCUUUGAUAUUUCCUAAUUAACUAAGCUGCAGAAAUUGGAUGGGGUAUAGGUACUGGUAGCAUAAACUGCUGCCUAUCCGUUUCAAGGUAUGGCAGGUAUCCAUGAAACCCAAUGUCACGCUUAAACUAUCCUCAUUGCUCUUUAACCAAAAAUAAACUUUAUUUAAUGCAUAGCUUCCUGUGUCUUCAUUCCUUUUUAUGUAUUUCCCUGAGCAUUCUAGUUUUCAUUAAAUACAGAAAUAAACAUAAGGACUACUUUUCCCCAACAAGACAAUGGGCUGAGCUUAAAGGACCACUCUAGGCACCCAGACCACUUCCCAGUAACGUGUCUGAGUGUAUAACGGAGCUCCACAGCAAUAAUACUCUCAGUAAUGUGUCUGAGUGUAUAACAGAGCUCCACAGCAAUAAUGAAGUGGUCUGAGUGCCAGGUCCCUCUAGGAUUAACCCCUUUUUUAAAAAAAAAAAAAAAAAUGUAAAUUUUUUUUUUUUUUUUUUUUUUUUUACUGCUAUGUUUAUAAAUGGGUUAAUUCAGCCUCUAGUGGCUGUCUCAUUGACAGCCGCUAGAGGCGUUUGCGUGCUUCUCACUGUGAAAAUCACAGUGAGAAGACGCCAGCGUCCAUAGGAAAGCAUUAUAAAUGCUUUCCUAUGAGACUGGCUGAGUGCGUGCGCCCGCGCAGCUCCUGUUGCGCAUGCGCAUUCAGCUGAAGAGGAGGAUCAGAGGAGGAGGAGGAGGGCUCCCCGCCUGGCACUGGAAAAAAGGUAAGUUUAACCCGUUUCUUCUCCCCAGAGCCCGGCGCGAGGGUAUCCCUGUUGGUGGGGGCCAUUCAGGGCACUAUAGUGCCAGGAAAACGAGUAUGUUUUCCUGGCACUAUAGUGGUCCUUUAACACAAAGUUCUGUUUCUGCUUUUAAUCAAAUUUAACCACAAACCAUCAGCUACACAGUGCUUGUACAGAGCUGCAGGAUACACAAACACCUUCUGUGUUAAAGGAGACUCCAAACACCUAAAGCACUUGAGGCCAGAGCAACUGUCUUGCAAAGACUUCUCAUUGAGCUGCAUUGUGAAGUCUGUGAUUGGACAGCCUUAGAAAGUCUGGGCAGGGCUAGAGGGGGAGGGCUCGCAAAGGCUGCAGACAACAGAUUUGCAGCUUUAGCAAGCUGUUAUUAGAUAUAACCCAAAUGACAAAAUGUUCAAAAGUGAACUAUAUAUGAAAUGAUUAAGUAAAAUAUCCAAGAAAUCUUUCAAAAUCUGUCUGGUUUUUGUUUUGUUUUUUUUCUGAGUAAUUUUGCAAUUUCACUUUUAGUUCACUAAAAUUUGGCAUUUUGAUCAAUAAAACUCGUUGUUACAAUAAUUACAACAAUGAAUGAACUUUUUGGAGAUUAGUGAUUCAUGUUGGUAAACUUAGCUGGGAAGGUUGAAGCGUACUUUUUAGACAAGAAAAUCAUAUAUAAUUUUUUGUAUCUUCCUCAGGAUAAUGCUGAUUCCCAACAGGUUCCUGAUGGAGAGGAUUCAGAGGAGGAGCAACAUAGUGCUUACAGCUGUCCAGAACUUGUGGUUACUAAGUCCAUGUCAACCAAGAACUGGCCCCGACCCAUGACCCAUCUUCCUACAUUAUUAGUGUUUAUUAAGUAUCUCAUGUUCAUCACCAACUUUGUGUUCUCGGUAGUGGGAUUCACUAUUUUAGGAAUUGGUUUUUGGGGACUUAUAGACAAGCAGUCAUUGAUUAGCGAGAAAAUUGGCUCUCUGGGCACAGACCCCAUGCUUUUCUUUAUACUGGUGGGUCUGGUAAUUUGUGCCCUGUCUGUGUCUGGGUGUGUGGGAUUCCUAAGAGAAAACAUUUGCCUCCUGAAACUAUUCUCUGCCGGGAUGUGCGUUCUUAUAGUCAUCCAGAGCGUUUUGGCCAUCGCUUUCCUCUCCUUCAGAGAGCAGAUCCAGGAUUCUGUGAAGCAAUCCAUGAUGGUGGCUUUGACUAGGUACCAGGAUGAUUCUGACCUGAGGUUUAUUAUGGAUGAGAUCCAGCUUGGCAUGGAGUGCUGUGGGGUUCAAUCUUACCAAGACUGGGGAGUCAACUUGUGAGUACCAAUCCUUUCCAUUUAUGUUCGGUUUUAUGGCACUGUAGGUAGCACGAUUCUCCGGUAUCAUCACUCUCGUAUGAAAAAUAUGCAAUGUAUUAAGUAUUUUUUUUUUAUUUAUAAUUAGCGUUGUCCUGCAUGUAGGUCACACAUUUUGUGUGCUUUAGAUGAUAACGAUGAUUGUUGUAAAUUACACCCUGUACCUUGAAAACCUAAAAGUCCCUUGGUUUUUGUGGAGGAGGUCUGUAAUGUUGGGAUACCCUAAUGCCAGGGGGAGCCAUACAGCUUAAAUCCCCCACGUAUCAGUCUGUGUUGCUGCAGACUGAGUGUAUGUCAAAAAAAAUCUAGGAAUUCCAUUUAGAGUUUUAAUCAACGGAUACUAUAUGUGACAGAACCAUCUGUCUGCUGGAUUUUUACCCCGUUCGUCUGUUUGUCCCCCGUUCGUAUGAAUGGCUGGUUUCUAUAGCCCAGCCAUUCGAAUGACUCUUUUUCCCGAACAAAUCUGCCGAACGAACGGCCACCCAAGUGAGGAGUGUGCUGUGGGUUAACAAAGUGAUCCCCAUUAGAACGUUGUGGUUAACCGCAGACACUUCUCAAUUAAACCGAACUCAGGGUGGUCGUCGUUCGUAUGUCGACCACGAGGCAGCGGCCAUUUUAAAUCAUGCGAACGCCCAGCGGUGUUUGGCUCUAUUUCUAUGGAACUGAAAACGGACACUUUUUCUGCCGAACACCGCUGAAACAAGGGAACGCCUGGCUGCCUCCACGAAAGCAUGCGAACACCGGCCGUUCGGGAGAUUGAGAGCCUACAAAAGACUUAACCCAGAUAGCCUUCCCAUGGAGUCAUUCGUAUACCGAAAGACUGUAAGAACUUUGACUCCAUGGCGAUUGAACUAUGUGUGUGGGAUCUGAGCGCUAUUCGCUAAUAAUAUGCACUCAGAUCUAGGCUAUCUGGGGACAUGUAAUACUAACGGGAAAUGUUCAGUUUUCAUGUAGUUAUGUAUUUUUAUGUCUUUUAUUAUUUUAUGUCUAAGAUGGCGACUGUCCUUGUCCUGGAGUUAAUUGAGUUACUUGGUAAUUAACUCCAGGGCAGAGGGGAGGGAAUCAUAAUGCACUGUGGGUAAAAUAUGUGACUGUGUGUCUGAAAUGUCCCUCUAUCUGUCUGUAGUUUACGUCUCCCAUUUGGUCCCCUAGGGGAGUGUCCACCAAGUGGGAGACCUGCAUAAAUACGGGCAGGUAGCCCACAGUAAAACCAGAUUCUGUUUGACCCUCAAUGCGGAGCUUCUGUCUCGUUAUUGGGGGGGAUUUCUUCUUCACGUUAGAGACUGCUGGAUGGAAUGAAAGCCGCUUUGGGAAUAUUACUGUUCGACGGUUACCAGCAGUUCGUAUAUUGCCGUUCGGGAGUUUGGAGCCGUUCGUGGAUUUCGAUCGGGAGAUUGCCGCUUCCCCUGCAUUUUGUUCGUGUGUUACGGAAUAAGCGAACGGAGACUGUACUGCAGCCGGGGAAGGUUUACUAAACGGCGGUUUGGCUUAAAGACACUGGAGGUGUCUUAACACUAUAUGACCCUGUAAGUGCUGAGGUGUUGGCGAGAUACUUAUGGUCUGUACCCAGAGAAGGUCAAGACUGGAUACGCAGCCCACUUUACCACCAGUGAUUGCCCUCCCCUCCUGGCAAAUUGACAGGGAGGGGGUAAUUUUACUCAUUUUAAUAAUGAAGUUAAUUGUAAGUAAAUGUAAUGAAGUCCCUAUCCCACCCCAUUUAAACUCAUAUACACAUUGCACCCCUAUAAACACAGUAAACACCUGUCACUCCACUUAUACAAGCGAUACCUUUAUUUUAUUUUUUUUAUAAAUAUAAUUUUACACACACUAUACAUCUUGACUUGAACACAAAUUUGACAACCCUGCACACCACACAUAGUAAUCUGAGUGAAAAAGGGCUGAAGUCCAUUAAGUUCAACCUUGAGGCCCAAUAUUUUAUGACACUGAUCCGAGAGUAGGCAAAAACCCCCCCCCCUCUUUUAGUCAUUUCCAAUUGGUCCCCAAAAAUAAGAAAAUAAUUCCUUGUUGACUCCAUAAUGAAACCCCUAUUUAAACUACACCCCCAGUAACAGUCACACAUACUCUUUCUGCACCGUAAAUGUUUUAAUGAGACCUUUCCCUGACUGAAGGCUGCUCUGCAUACAUUACAUGAAACCCUCCUGCACAGGUUUCUAACUGGUAAUGUCAAUCCUAAAGAUAAUUUUGGAAUAAUACGGUGAUUAAUGUUGGAUCCGGACAUGUUUUAAAAAGAUAAUUAAUUCCCAGUGUUUGUGGCUCGCUCUGCUCAUUAACCUCUCUUACUAUUCACCCUACAGAUAUUUUAACUGCAGUUCCGCUGGCGUUCAUUCCUGCGGAGUUCCAUAUUCCUGCUGCAUUGACCCGCUAGAAAAUGGCACCGUUCCCAAUUCACAAUGUGGAUUCAAGGUACAGGAGAUGGGAGAGACCUUGGCUGGGAGCACCGUCUAUCUGGGAGGCUGUGUACCCCAACUUUCUCUCUGGCUGAGCCGCAGGUUUUGGGACAUUGCUUCAGGAUUCUUAUUGGUGACGGCCAUCGAGCUUAUAAAUGUUUCCUGUGCCCAGAGAAUUCUGGGAGAAAUAAUGUUUGGCAAGAACACAAUGGAAGGCCUUGGUAGACCAAAACACCACGAGUGGACUUUCACUGACCAGAAAUAAAACGGGAGAUGGGAGCCCAGUAGUUUCACAAAAUUAAGAGGGAAACGUUUUACAAGACGUGGCAGUUUUACUGUUCUAAAACUUCCUGAAACCUUUUUCUUUCCCCAGAAUAUCCUUUAAGUGAGUAUAUUGUAUAAUCUACAAUUAAAGUGAAAUAGAGCGAAUACCCCAUUACGAAAAGCAUAACUUCUCACCUAAAAGAAUAUAUAGGUAGCAAUAGGAUUCCUUAUCGCUGUAUAAAUACAAUCUUGAUAUCUGUAAAGAUACGUCUAUGGUCAGUUUCUUGUAGUUGUGUUUGGGGUGGGGGGGUGAGAUAACAACAAAAUCUUUGGAUAGAAAUUGGAUAAUAAAUAUUUCAUGCAGAAAAUCAGAGUGAAAACCUGUCCUAUGUUUUUGCAGAACAUUUAACCUGUGAUAUAACAGCUAUGGAAUUGUAUCAGCUGUGAUUAUAUUGGGAAUCCAAGUAUUAACUGCAUUGGGUAUAUGUGCCCUUUUAAUGUCGAUCUGAGGAAUGUAUACACCUAAAGGUGGCUUACCCACGACUAAUAGGCAAAAUUAAUAAUAUAUAUAAUUCACAAUGCUCUGGACUGUAAUUCCUAUUAUUAUUAUUGAACAUCUUAUAUUCAUUUUAAAAUUAGCAUGUUUAAAGUGCGUCUCCUUUAAUUGAACACAUCGAUCCGGCAUGUCAGGAAUACACGGUGUCUGUCUGUGAAUGUACUUACUCCACGCAAUACGCUGAACGCACGUCUAUAAGAAUGACGCAGCUCAUGUCUGUGGUUUCAGAUAUUUCAUAGGGUGAACUACGAAGCUGUCCCCUAAAUUAACCCUUUUUAAUUUUUUUUUUUUUUUUGUGUGUAUGUCUCUUUUACUGUUUUGGGUUUAUUUAUUUUAAUCUAUAACUUAUCAAGUUUAAAACAUUUUUUUUUAAUGAUUCCCCCACUGUGGACACUGAGGCCCAAUAAGCAGGGCCUGAGACUGAUCCUUCGGUACAUCAUCCUAUCCUCUCCAGCUGACCUGACUGGGCCAAGAACAUACAGCAGUUUCUAUUCCGUUAUACCAGGCUUCCCCAAACGCCGGCCCUCCAGAUGUUGCUGAACUACAACUCCCAUGAUUUUAUG